AUGGAGAGAUUUAGGUUAGCCUUAGAGAAAGGAAAUCUUUCUGAUCUUGGGUGGAAGGGGAACAAGUUCACAUGGAGUAAUAAACAUGAGGAUGACACCUUUACAAAAGAAAGGUUGGAUAGGGCAGUGGCAAAUCCAAGGUGGGCACACUUGUACAAAGAAUACUGGGUGGAGGUAUUAGUAGGGAGAUGCUCAGAUCAUAGGCCUUUGCUACUGGUUUCGAGUAAGAAAGACAGAAAUAUUUGGAGAGGCAAGAAAGUAUUUAGAUACGAAGCUGGUUGGGCCAAAGAUGAAGAAUGUGAAGGGGUUAUUAGAAGAGAGUGGGAUAGAGGGGAGGAGAGGGGUGAGAAGUCUUUAAAUUUCAUGAAUCUGUUGGAUAAUUGCAGCAAGGCUCUCGGGAAGUGGAAUAACCAGAACAAGUUUAACAGGGUGAGAGCUAUUAAGGAAAAAACAGAAGUCCUUAAGAAGCUACAAGAAGAUGAGGGGAGGCAUAACUCAGCAGAGAUUAAAAGGGUGCAAAGAGAGAGAAGAAGAAAAAACAGCAUUAGCCAAGUGUUGGAUGAUCGAGGUAGAGUCUUUAGGGGUCAGGUGGAAGUUGAUGAAGCCUUUAGAUCCUAUUUUGAGAGGUUGUUUUCUACCUCAAAUCCUAACACAGCUGCUAUGGAGAAGUGUCUACAGAAUAUAGUACCUUGGGUGACAAGUGAGAUGAAUGAAAGAUUAAGUAGACCUUUUAGCAAGUUGGAAAUUGAAGUUGUUAUCAAAAGUAUGGCCCCUUUGAAGUCUCCAGGCCCUGAUGGUUUUGGUGCUUGCUUCUACCAAAAUCAUUGGGCAACAGUGGGGGAUAAGGUAUGCUCGACAGUCUUAGAUUUGCUAAAUGGUAAAACCUCUUUCUCUUCAGUUAACCACACGUUCAUUGUCUUGAUUCCCAAGUCUAAGGACCCUAAGUUGGUAACUGAAUAUACGCCUAUUAGCCUAUGUAAUGUGAUUUACAAAGUGGCGUCCAAAGUGAUAGCAAACAGACUCAAAGAAGUGUUGUCUGCAUCUAUUUCAGCCAAUCAAAGUGCCUUUAUUCCUGGGAGGAUUAUAACGGAUAAUGUUAUGGUGGCUUAUGAGGUAUUACAUUCGAUGAAGGUGAGCAAGAAAGGUAAAAAAGGUAGCAUGGCUAUCAAACUUGAUAUGUCUAAGGCCUACGACAGAAUUGAGUGGCCUUAUGUGAUUGCUGUUAUGAAAAGGCUGGGGUUCUGUGAUGGGUGGACAAGUUUAAUUCUGAAAUGUAUUAGUUCAGUCUCCUUUUCUGUGUUAAUUAAUGGUACACCAGGUGAGGUGUUAUUGCCCUCAAGGGGUCUUAGACAAGGGGAUCCUCUAUCCCCUUAUCUAUUCAUCUUGUGUGCAGAGGGAUUGAGUUCUUUACUCAACAACUCAGAUCUAAGGGGGAACACAAAGGGUAUUUCAGUAGCUAGACACGGCUUAAGAGUAAAUCAUCUGCUCUUUGCAGAUGAUUGUAUUCUGUUUUGUAGAGCCUCGGUGGAAGAAUGGAGGAAGAUGCAGGAUUUGUUGCUCAUUUAUGAAAAAGCCUCGGGUCAAUUUCUUAAUAAGGAGAAGACAGCAGUGUUUUUCAGUUCUAAUACCUCUGUGGAAGUUAAAAGGAAGAUUCUUGUGGAAGGUGGAGCUAUUGUGCAAGGCAGUUAUGAUAAGUACUUGGGUCUACCCACUAUGGUAGGUAGAUCAAAGUAUAACACUUUUAGAAGCUUAAAAGAAAGAGUUUGGCAAAAGAUUAGCAAUUGGAAGAAUUUCUUUCUGUCUGGGGCAGGAAAGGAAGUCAUGAUAAAAGCUGUCCUACAAGCAAUUCCAUCUUAUACUAUGAGUGUCUUCAUGCUGCCUAAAAGGUUGUGCAAAGAGAUCAAUGUGAUGCUGUUCAGAUUUUGGUGGAAAAAUCAGAAAAAUUCCAGUGGUAUUGUCUGGAGGAGUUGGGAGAGAAUGAGUCAGUCAAAAGAGGGUGGAGGUCUGGGCUUUAGAAAUCUGACCAGUUUUAAUUCAGCACUUCUGGCUAAGCAAGCAUGGAGAAUACUUCAAAAUCCUUCCUCUAUGGUUGCCACCAUAUUCAAACAAAAAUAUUUUAGAAGCUCAUCCCUGCUGGAAGCUAAGUUAGGGAGAGCUCCAUCUCAAAUUUGGAGAAGCAUAUGGAGUUCUUUGGAUCUGCUAAAGGAAGGACUAAGGUGGAGGGUGGGGGAUGGCCAAAAUAUUAAUAUUUGGGGUCAGAGGUGGUUGCCAACACCAUCUUCUUUCAGGGUGCAAUCUCCUAAUCCUUUACUGAAUACUUGUGUUUUAGUUAAGGACCUAAUGUUUGAGGGAAGGAAGGUAUGGAAUGAGGGUUUCAUAAAAUCUAUUUUUUCUAAGGAAGAGGCUGAUAUGAUAAUCAGUAUCCCUUUAAGUAAGAGGGACGUGGAUGAUAGAAUGAUUUGGGGACCCUCUAAGAAAGGUAUUUUUAGUGUCAAAUCUGCCUACCACUUGGAGGAAUCUAGAUCAAGAGUCUCAAUAGGAGAAUCCUCGGAACAGAAUGGCUUAGGAAAGCUUUGGAAGAGUAUUUGGGGACUAAACAUUCCUGGCAGCACAAAAAGUUUCCUUUGGAAGGCAGGGAAUAAUCUAUUAGCUACCAGGAAAAAUCUGAGGUCUAAGAGGAUUGUGGAAGAUUCUAGAUGCCCUAUUUGUUUGCAAGAGGAAGAAACAGUCCUACAUGUUCUUUGGCAAUGUCCUGCUGCAAAUGAUGUAUGGUCAGGAUCUGUCAUUUCAGUUCAGAAAUGGAGGGUGGGAGAAGGGGAUCUACUUGGUUUGCUGGAAGUACUAACAGAGAAGCUCUCAAUUGGUGAUAUGGAGGAAGUUGCUGUAGUUUUGAGAGGGUUAUGGCUUCGGAGAAAUACCUUUGUGUUUGAAAGCAAGCUUCUAAGUCACACUUAUGUGAUUAGUACAGCUAGAGAGAGCUUAGAAGAGUAUCAGUCUUCAUGUGGGAAGAUAACUGAAAUCAGACAGCAAGCAAACACAGGGGGUUUGGUUCAUAGUUGGAGUCCACCUGAUGUGUAUUGGUUUAAGGCCAAUUGGGAUGUAGCUUUAGAUGUGAAACAAAGGAAGCUUGUUGUGAGUCGAAAAGCUUUUGUGGAUCAACCUGCUAUAGCUGAGGGCUGGGCAUUAAGGAAAGCAAUGGAGUUAUGUGAAGAUCUAAGAUUCAACAAAGUAAUAAUGGAAGGAGAUGCACAGGUCGUUGUUAAUGCAGUAAACAGCCAGAUUGAAGAUUUAUCUUAUUUUGGCAGCAUUAUUGAAGAUUUGAAGGUUCAGAUGAAAGAAUGGCCUAACUGGUCAGUGAAGUUUGCAAAUAGAAAUACAAAUACAGCAGCACAUACUCUUGCUAAAGAAGCAUUACACAUAGAUUUAGAAAAGAUAUGGAUAGAAGAUAUACCAGUUUGUAUUUCAGAUUGUUUACUGAGAGAUUAUUGCAUUGUAAACACUGAUAUUUGA